UUAGCUCCCUAGUCCGGACAGAAUUUUUCGCUCCUUAUCUGUUCUCCGCGGCCCAUUGCCCCGUCCACUGUCCCCGGCAGGCAUGUCUCAAAUAGCAUCGCUACUCCUCUCUCCCUCUCUUUCUUUCCCCCUCAUACCCGCAGUUACCCCAAAUCCUCGCCGCGUCCCCUCUGUCCUCUUUAAAUCCUCUGGCCGACUCGCCGCCGCCGGCGUCCACUUUCCCGCCAUCACCUUCGCCGUCUCCGAGCCGAAUGCCUCAAACUAUCUCGAUGAAGAAGAGUCCAUCCUUCCCCUCCUCGAAGAACUCUCCGGAUGCCUCGGUCUGCCUACAGAUUACCUCUCAAAUCUCCCUGGAGAUCUUCGGCUAGAUCUAAAUGAUGCCGCUUUUGAUCUCGCUAAUGGCCCUGUCUUGGAUGAGCUCGUGAGGCUGCAUGCAGAAAAUGAAGCUCCUCAUCGUUACAAUUUUGUAGUGUGGCAAAGAAGUUGGGGAACUCUUUUUAAAUUUGUCUCGAGCAUGGGAGCAAGCCGACACAAUGACAUCAAACAUCCUAGCAAGCGAACUUCCGUCGUUGUAUGAUCAUUUGAGCAGUGAUCUCAAACCAGGCAAGGAGCAUGGAAACUAUUGCCAUUGUUUAUACCU